UUUAUAGUGUCGUGCGGAUUCGAGAAGUGCUACCCUUGAUCGUUUCGCUCAUAUACGAGAACCUCGAAUCUCAAGGAAGAACUGAAAAAUUUCAGCUAACAGAACCAUUAUGGCUACGAGCUCUUGUCCAGAGAAUUUCUUGCGAAAAUUCCGGGAUCGACACAGCCGAAAAAUGAGAACUCUGAGCGCUGUACAAUUCAUGGAAAUAUGGAAGCAUUACGACAUCGACGGAAACGGCUAUAUCGAAGGCUCCGAGCUGGACAGUUUCCUGCGAGAAUUCGCGUCAAGCCUCAACGCUCCUGACGUGAAUCCCGAUAGCGUUCCGGAUUCGAUGCUGGAGCAGCUGAAGGAGUGUUUCAUGGAGGCCUACGACGACAACCGCGACGGGAAAAUCGAGAUCCGGGAGCUCGCCCAGCUGCUUCCGAUGGAAGAAAACUUUCUGCUGCUCUUCCGUUUCGACAACCCGCUCGACUCCAGCAUCGAUUUCAUGAAGACUUGGAGGAAAUAUGACACCGACAACAACGGUUCCAUCGAUUCGGACGAGUUGAAGAGCUUCCUGCGGGAUUUGCUGAAAGAGGCGAGAAAGAUCUCGGAGGUCACAGAAGGCCAGCUGGAUGAAUACACACAAUCAAUCCUGACCGUAUUCGACACGAACAACGACGGAAAGCUUCAGCUUUGCGAAAUGUCGAAGUUGCUCCCGGUGAAGGAAAACGUCUUUUGCCAGAAGAAGUUCAGGGAAAUGCUGGGAGAAGCGGAUGUUUGUAAAAACGACAUCGAGCGCGUAUUCAAAAUCUACGAUCGAGACAACAGUGGAUCAAUUGAUGGAGAGGAGCUUCGUGGUUUGUUGAAAGACCUCCUGGAUCUGGCGAAAAAGUCCUAUUCUGCCUCGGACUUGUACGAACUGCAAAAGAUCAUUAUGCAAGCAUGUGACAUGGACAAGGAUGGAAAGAUUUGCCAGAAGGAGCUGACGAUGAUCCUGCUAGCUUUGUCGAGGACCAAGGCUGCGAAGGAGCUGAUUUUGUAAUCGCGCGUAGAAAACUAUUCUGCCUGCUUUCUGUUUUCUAGCGCAGUUAAUAACUGACGCGGCUUGAAAAAUCUUCGGCCGGUCGGAAGCUAUUUAACCCAGACGGAUUUGUGCUAUUUUCUGUCGCACUAAUCGCUUUUCAAAUCGAAAUAUCAACCAUCUCAAGAAUCUGCACUUUACAUUGUUGACCUUUGAACACGAGACACCUAAGUAAGUCGUUUUACAAAAACGGGAAAAAUUGUUCCUUCGUACUGAUCCAAUUCAUUUUCUCAAGAAUAUUGGGCCAUUGAUGUCGGCUUUCUUCAAGCCUGGUAAUCAUCGUAGUUUCAAUAACUGAGUAUAUGCCCAACGUACGCUUGGAUGUCGCCGCUUCGUUUUUUUUUCGUGUUCUUGAUGUAAUUACAUUUGCGACCCUUCCUGAACAGCGUCCUAGCAACAAAAAAGCAAAAAACAAAAAACGUGGAUCUUCCCGUCAUCACUCUAUUUCCAUUCCUGUCAGAUAAUCGAUAUGUGGUGCUUUCUGAAAGUGAUGAAUGGUGAAGCAAAAAAAAAAUGUUCCCGUUUGGAAAGAGCCAGACAUGUUAAUUAUACAGUAUGUGUACAGUACCAUUAACAGACCUAAUGUAUCAUGCGAAAGAAAAUACGACAUGGGAAUACGCUUCAAAAACCUUAAAGAUUGUCCCAGAAAAGUCGUCAUUUGCGGAAUCGUGAGAUUUAAUCGCGAAAUCCAUGCUUCUUUAGCUUUUGAAAAACAUUUUCUAGCUUGUCACCAAGAGGAACGAGUUAAGCUUUUCAGCGCUGAAUGCGAUGGAUCCGUGCCAAAGCAAUCAAAUAAAAUAUGUUACAGAAUGACUCGACCAAUUUCCCCCAUAUUGUACUUGAAUAAUAUCAAUGAUAAAAUAUUUGUGGCGAACGACAUCGCCUUGCUCCUCUUUGAAUAAUCGGAAACCCCGGGCAUUGCUCAUAACCGAAUACGGGCAUGAGCAAACAGCAAAUAUUUUCAGUUCUUUCGAAAAGGAUUGUUUUCAUAGAUCACGAUCUUAACAAUUUUUUCUUUGUUCUCCAAAAAUAUUAGAAGAAGAUGCGGUUGAUUAUUCGAAGAUUGUCUAAGAUCUUUCCAUAUCGUAGCUUCCUUCUUGCUUCAUAUACAUAAUUAUACGUAUAUGAGCCGGGGAAAAUGAGAUUAUGCAAAGUAAAAUUUGAAACCGUAGUUAUUUGAAUUGGAAUCAAAAUGAAAUGUGCCAUUCAUGUGCAAGAGCCACGAUGACUGCAAAAAUAUAUGUGACCCCCUAAUUUUCAUGGCCGCAGAAUUCCACCUGCUUUGGUUAUACUGGAAGAAACAUCUGGGCAAUUUAAAAUAUAUUGCGAGAUACAUGUCAAAUGAAAAAAGGCUUGCAGAAAAAAUUUAAUGAUUUCAGAACAUGAUCCAAUUGCUGCUGGCACUUUCCUUGAUACAGAAAACGAGUGCACCUGAACUUAAAAUUCAGGCCGUGAUCACUCAUUUUGGGUACAAUCGAUACAAAUACUGUACAGUACAUCACUUUGCCGAAAUCACUGUGCAAAAAUGGUGCUUUUCAGAAUGCUUGACACUUUAAAAUUAUUAUCAAUUGACAUACAUUACGCACAAUUUAGUUUUGUAUUCAUUUUUUAAAAACUAAAAGUGCCAAAUAUUGAAAAUGCGACGAGGUUCGCUCAUUCUAGAAAUAUUAUUUGAACUUUUAAUGUCAACCCCAUGUUUAAGCGUCGUGUCCCACGCGCAUUCAACUAUGCAGAAAUGUAUGAAAAAAUGGACUAGUUGUGUGAAACUCGCCCGUUUCUUCAGGAAUCACAAGAACUUUAAUUUCUAUGCUGAUUUUCAGAUGAGAAAAGGGUCCGCGCGGUACAAACGUGAGCAUGGAAUUUUCUUCGCAGGAUUUAAAACCAUAAAAAAGGGUCGUGCAUCGGAAGUAAUUUUAAAUUAUCAUCUAGAAUUCAUAUACCGAAAUGUUCUAGGAUAGAAAAAGACGCUGGAAGCCAACCUUAUUCUUGGAAUAAUCAGGGACCUGGUAUUCUCAGUAUGUAUGUAUUGCUGCAUGCAAUUAUGAGAUCCCAUAAAUGCUGUUUUGCGUGGCAUUCGAACGUUCUGGGAAUUCGAAUGAAGAAAAAAGCUUACCAACGACUCGGCAUGAAGAUUCCUGUUGUUUUUUCCUUCUGAUUAUGUAACUGGACUCGAUGAAGCUUCAAUUCUAUCACACAAAGAAAUCAAGCGUCAUCGGAAUGUUCCCCGCGAUUAUCUUGGAUGCGGAGAGAAAUUGGCGGUUUUGUUUCUUUUGAUUCGCAUGAGUAUCCCAAAAAUCAGAAUAUUUUGUGCCUUGCACUAUACGCAGCGAUCCGAGUAUUCACUUGAACACUGCUGGAACUAAAUUUUUCUCGAAGAAUUACGUGUAUUCAUGGGAUUCAUGUUUUUUGUGACUUGUUCCACUGAGAGACAAAAACUUUUCAUGGAUUCAAAAACAAGUAAAGAUUUCUGAAAUGGAAGCGUGUGCUUGAGUGCUCCACAUUUCUUCGUGGUGUGGAGCUCUUGCGGAAUUGUUUGGGUGUUUGUUCGUGUUGAGCUUUCAUUGAGAUUUCUUCGAAUUCCGGUUGCAUCGGAUCAAUUACUUAGCAUGCUCGAGUAUUAGACGGUCGAUGUGCUCCGUGCGGUGUUGGAAAAAUCCUCAUGUUGUUUUGAAGUCGCUGAGUUUCUUGCGGGGUCGAACUCCACUGAAAUUAUUCGCGGUUUCCGCUUCGCUUUCUCAAUGGUUUUCAGUUACCGAAAUGUGGAUGUGAAUAUUUGGAUUCUCAUGCAAUGACGAAAAGUAGUCAAAUGGAGAGGAUUCGUUCAAAGAAA